GUGGUCCUAAAAGUGAUGAAAUCUGGAAUUAUUAUAACAAAGGUCAAGAGAAAAAUGAUGGCCAUUAUUCCGCAACAUGUUAUUAUUGUAGUAAAACUUGGGCAAGGGGUAAACCUGCAAAAUUGAAAGCACACCUAGCUAAUGAAUGCUUGCCUUGUCCACCAGAUAUUAAUCAUUUUGGUUCAAAAAAACCUCUACCACUUUCUGUUACUGAAAGAAUUGAUCAUGCUUUGUUGAAAGCAUGGUUUGAAGCAAAAUUAUCUCCUUAUGACUUACCAUAUGUUGAAGAAAUGGACACACCUGAACUUUGGUGGGGUUCAAUUAAAAAUAAACCUAGCCACUUAUCUGAAAUUGCAAUCAGAUUAUUUGGAAUAACCCCAACUCAAUCAAAUUGUGGAAGAAAUUUUUCUACUCUUAAAUGGAUAAUAGGAGAUCGCAGAACUAGACUUGCCAUACAGAGACUUGAAUAUUUCAAAAAUUAG